UGGCAAAGAAUUCCUACUAAUAAACGCUUAGUCACGGGGUAAAGCUGCUCCCAAUUAAACCGUAUGCCUAACAAGAGUUUGGCUGUGAAAAUCCAUUGUGGUGCGCAAUUUGGAUUACAAAUGAUAAAGAUAGGUCCCGUCGCAGAAUUUAAGCGGAAUUACACGGCCCUUAACUAUGGCUCGAUGAUUCAUAAUUAAUCUUCCCGGUAUAAAAAGAAGUUGGCAUCACCGGUUCUUCUAGCAUUGAAAACUUCAUUUUGCUUUAACAAUGACUCAAGCCCCGGUCGAAUUGAGCCCAAAAUUCGCUACCAAGUCAGGUAGACCACUUUCAAUUGGUGUUGGAACUGGGACCAAAGUGAAGGAUUUGAAAAGAGCAGAUGCUUCCAAUUCUGAAUCGAUUAUUCAAACCCUUAAAUUGGCCCUUGAUUCUGGAUUCUUUCAUGUCGAUACAGCAGAAUGUUAUACCACCCACCCAGAAGUAGCUGAGGCCCUUAAACGUUCUUCGAAGAAAAGAGAAGACUUGUUUGUUGUAACGAAAUAUAUUCCUCCUGGGAAUGUGUUUUUCGAGCAAAAGUCUACUGGAGCCCAUAACUUUGUUGAUUUAGCUUUAGAAGAAUUGGGUACUGACUAUUUGGAUGCAGUGUUAUUACAUCAUCCAUUCUUCAAACCAGAUAUUAAGCCAGACUUAGAAACUGCUUGGAAAGACUUGAUUGAAGCUAAAAAAUUGGGAAAAGUUAGGCAUAUAGGAGUAUCAAACUUUCGUGUUGAGGAUUUGAAGACCAUUUCCAAGAUCUCUGCAAUUGAAACCGAUAACGAUGCUUCUUACCAACCCGCAAUCAACCAAAUUGAGUUUCAUCCUUACUUGCAAGAACAGUCUCCGGGAAUUGUUAAGUAUUGUCAAGAAAAUAAUAUUCUUGUGGAAGCUUAUGGUCCUUUGACCCCGUUAUUCAGAGUUAAAGAAGAAGAGAAAGAUCAUCCGUUAACUGGGUUAUUACCGGAGUUAUCAGCCAAAUACGAUAGAACCCCAGCCCAAAUCUUAUUAAGAUACACUUUACAAAAAGGUAUUUUACCAAUUACAACUAGUUCAAAAGAAGAAAGAAUAAGACAGAGUCUUGAGGUUUUCGAUUUUAGUAUUGAUCAAGCUGAUGUAGAUAAAAUUGAUUCUGUUGGGUCCACUUACAAGCUAAGAACUUUCUUUAUUGGUCUGUUUUAGAGUAUUUAUAUUAUGUUUUUUUAUAUAA